AUGCACAUCACCCAGCUGAAUCGGGACUGCCUUUUAUAUCUCUUUUCCUUUCUGGACAAAAAUAGUAGGAAAUGUUUAGCAAAAACAUGUCACAAGUUGCUCGAAGUGUUUCAGGAUCCUUUACUGUGGUCUUUGCUGAACUUUCAUUCUCCAGUGGAACUAAAGAAGGACAAUUUUCUCCUGGGACCUGCUUUGAGACACCUAUCCAUCUGCUGGUAUUCAGAGAGAGUCAAGGUGUGCAACAUUGAGGACUGGAUGAAAAACAGUCUCCAGAAAGACUUCUGUAGCAGGCACGAGAACACUGUCAGUGAUUUUUUACUAGACGUUUCCAACAGAUGCCCAAAUCUGCUCUCUCUCACGCUCUCUGGCUGUGGCCACGUCACAGAUGACUGCAUCCUGCUGCUCCUCAAGAACUGCCCAAACCUCAAGACACUCAAACUGGAAAACUGUGUGCGCAUCACUGACCAGACCCUGGCGGCAGUGACCCUCCACGGGGGAGCUCUGCAAACACUCCACGUGGAUUUCUGCCGGAACAUCACACAAGCUGGUCUAGACAGGGUCAGGGAAAAACGUCCUUCAGUUGUGCUGAGGGCAGAGAGAAGUGCUAACAUGAUCCCAGACAGUAAGCCAGCAGAAAAGCUGAUGCUUGAAAAAGCAUCAAGAAAAUUGGUUCAGCUUUAA